ACAUCAAACUCAUGCACUAUAAAACUAAUGCCAAAUAACUCAUUCGCACAAGUCCAAAUGGCUGCACCUGUUGCUAUAGGCACAAGAGGCACUAUAGGAUCACUAGUAAGAAAGGAAAUUGAAUAUUUCACGAAGAUUGAGAUAGAUAGAAGAGGAACUAUGCAGAAACCUCAGCAGCAUUUCGCGGACAUGGAAAUGGUUUCUGAUAGAACCAUUUUCAUGUCCAAGCCUAGUUUCUGGUUUUCGCCAAUGGCAUGGAAAAGGAAGAAGCAAAGAAACACAACAAGUAGAUUCUUCAGGAAAAUUUGUGCUGUUACAGAAGUAAAUGAAAGUAAUCACUUCAACAGAAUUCCGGGUCACACCUACAAGAUCCUCAAGAAUGAUUUCAACAACUUUCAUCUCUAAGCCGGAUCCGGAUCUACUGCAGUACGCAUUUACAUGUAUUUAUUGAUCUCGGCCAAAUGUCGGCUCACAUUAUAUAUUUACUCCUUUACCGAAUUAUCAUUAAAUAAUCUUCUUCGUUCUUUUUUCGGAUCAUGCUCUUUUUUUUACUUCUGUGUUUCAAUUUUCAUGCAUAUUUAGUCGCGUUACAAGCUGAUUUCGUUGAAAUGUGUUAGAUAUAAAAUAUGAAACAAUGUAUAUUUAUGAAUCAAAUAACAAUAACAAUGUAUAUGCAAUU